AUACUUUUAUGAACACAUUUUCAAGUAAAAAAUCAUUGAAAAAAGUUCAAAAGAAAGCUAUUACUAAAAGAAUGGGGCUGGAAUUUGAAGAGAUAGAUACGUUAAAUUUAAGAGAUACUGCUUUACCGUUUGCAUGCUCUUGGUCCGAGGAUGAUACACUAUCCGUACUUAGCGAAAAUGAAGUACACAUAUUGAAAUUAAAACCUAAUAUGCGUACUGUUGAAAAUACAGUAAAUUUUCAUCGCCAAACGAUUAAACCACGUAACGAAUAUCCAAAUAAAGAAAUCUUACCAUUAUUACAUGAAUUGAUAAUGAAAGAACCACGAAUUAAUGUUUAUGAUUUGCUGAAUGAUGUAAUUCUAACACCAGACGGUAAAGCGUUAGACUGUCAAGAUAUUACUCCGAGAUGCUCUCAAUGCGUUUGGUCACCGGCCGGUGUACACAAAUCAAAUUGUGCCCUAAUAUUUUUGAGUAAUAUUGGUAAUGUGGAUAUUCAAGUAAAUCAAGGACAAUUUUGGAUUGUAAUUGCGGAUCUAACGAAAUUGUAUUUACAAAAAACAAAUUUAUUUAAAGACUUGAAUCAUUCUACAAUUAAUUAUGAAACAUUGAAAGAUCGAACUUAUAAAGCAAGCACUACUUGUGUAGAUUGGAGCCCGUUGUACGGAAACAUGAGUUAUAUUGUGACCGGCCAAAUGAAUGGUGAUAUCAUAAUUUGGAAUUUUUCUAAUUUAUCCUUAUCGGAAUUAAAACAAAUGCCAGAAUUAGUCGGCGAAUUCCCAUCAAAUUUAUCACGUUUAUCAGCAGUACAUUGGAUUAAAACUUCUAAUACUUCAAGUCUCAUAAUUGCGGGCGAUUUAGAUGGCGAUAUUAAAGGAUUUAGAUUUGAUGAUUUAAUUAACUUUGAAAAUGAUAUAAACUCACAUAAUUAUUGGAUUUAUAAUGACAAAAUUCGAGUAGAUAAAAUCAUUUCGGAACAAAUUGAUACAAAUUAUUUACUAAUUUGUGUUAAAUUAUCGAAUAUUGUAGCAUUUUUAAUAUCAAAUACCGGUGAAUUAUUGGAUCAGAAGAUUCAUAAAGUUGGAAAUCUAGCUGUAACAGGUUUGCAACAAAUAAAUCGGGGAAAAUAUUUAUUAUGUACGUUAACUUCAUAUCUAGGACUGCUAACCGUUGAUAUCAAGGGCAAUAAAAUUAUAAAUAUCCACAUGACUGAAAUCAAUAAUCCUAUAAACACAAAUUAUAUGAGCACUUACGGAUUAUGCUGUUCCAAACAAAAAGUUAUGUGGUUUAUCAGUUCCAAUUAUUGUAAGCCAAUCAAUCAUCUAAUAAUUCGAGAACAAAUCCAAUUAUCAGUGUGUUCAAAUAAUUUUAAUAAUAUCGAAAGUAUCUUAUUGGAAAAUUUCAGUCAAAAAUUAACGAAUUAUUGGGAUUGUUUAGAAUUACUUCGAUUAUUACACGAUAAAUCCGAUUCAUUAACAAAAAUCUACGAACAACGUGAUAGUUAUGAUUUAGUUCCACUGUAUCGUUUAAAAAUUUAUUUAUGGAUUACAAUCUCAAAUGAUAAUGUUUUGAAAAAGAAAAAACGUGCUGGUAGUAAACCAAUUACGAAUGAAAUUUCAACACCACCAGAAGAGUUAUUAAAAUUAGUGAAAAUAAAAUAUUGUUUAGAACGAUUACAAUCGUUAAUGAUUUUGGAUGUGUUAAGUGAAUUUGAUUUAUGUAGUGUGAGAUAUUUACGAGAUUAUUUACAGGAAAUGCGAAAAACGGAAACAUUUAAAUCCUAUUUAGGUAAACAGACGAAUGAAGAAAUUAUAGAUGUAUUGGAACGAUCGGCAAGUAUUCGUGUAAUGGAUUUGAUGAAGUGUUCGUUAUGUGAUGCAGAUGUUACAUGGAUUGGAAAAUGUUUAAAUGGUCAUCAAGAAAAUCAAUGCAUACGGACAUUUGUUCCGUUCUCAUCGCUGUGGUAUCCGACUUGUCCCAAUUGUGAAAGUCCUGCUCAUCCGGAUUUAAAAGAGGAUCCAUUAAUAUGUUCGAUAUGUGAUAAUAUAAUGGUUUAUUGUGAUCAUAAAAUCUUACAUAAUGAUACAAUUUGAAUAAAAAACCAUUUUUGAUA